AUUAGCCGGUGCGGUGGCUGACCGGUAUGAAUUCCACCCCUGUAAUGCGGUUCGUGGAUAAGUUAUUCAGGAACAAAAUAUGGUAAAGAAACGUAUAUGGCAGUUGACAAGAAUUUCAAGAUAGACCAUGGCAAUGCCGCGGAAAGAACUGAAGCCUAAUCCUUCCGCAUCAGCUAAUCUCCUCUCUCAGAUUUUCUUCUGCUGGCUCAACCCCCUAUUUCGUGUCGGAUAUGCUCGGAGGCUGCAGGAGCAUGACAUGUACCAGGUGUUGCCCGAGGAUGAGUCUGAAUGGCUGGGGGAGAGACUGCAACAGCUGUGGGACAAAGAGGUUCAGAAGGCUGCAAAAGACUUUCGUUCCCCCAGACUUGGCAAAGUUCUCAUACAAUGCUACUGGAGAGCCUAUACUGUUUUUGGAGUUUACACCUUCAUAGAGGAGGUAAUAAAAGUGAUUCAACCGGUGCUACUAGGAAAGCUGAUUCAGUAUUUUGAAAGGUAUGAUUCGAAUGACAUGGCCGCCCUGCAUGAGGCUUACUGGUAUGCGGUGGGCAUCUCCGUCACCACCAUCACAUUGGCCAUCCUGCACCACCUCUACUUCUACCAUGUGCAGCGCGCAGGCAUGAAGAUACGAGUGGCCGUGUGUCACAUGGUCUACCGGAAGGCUCUUUGCCUCAACAGCACAGCCAUGACCAAAACAACCACGGGACAAAUUGUAAACCUCCUGUCAAAUGAUGUCAACAAGUUUGAUGAGGUUACCAUUUUCCUGCACUACCUCUGGGUUGGACCCAUGCAAGCGGUGGCGGUGACUGUAUUACUAUGGGUAGAGGUUGGACCUUCGUGCCUUGCAGGGAUGGCAGUGCUGCUCCUUCUAAUGCCAGUGCAAACCAUGUUUGGACAACUCUUCUCAAAAUUUAGGGGGAAAACUGCCAUGCACACAGACAGUAGAAUUCGGAUCAUGAACGAGGUGGUGUCUGGAAUCCGUAUCAUUAAGAUGUACGCUUGGGAGAAGCCAUUCGCCGCGCUGGUCAGUGAAGUCAGAAGGAAAGAAAUCUCUAACAUCUUGAACAGUUCCUACCUUCGUGGUCUGAACAUGGCGGCUUUCUAUGUGGCCAGCAAGAUCAUAGUCUUCCUCACGUUUGCCGUCUAUGUGUUGAUGGGGAAUGAAGUCUCCACCAGCAGUGUGUUCGUGGUCAUGUCUCUCUUUGGGGCAGUGAGGCUUACCGUCACGCUGUUCUUCCCCUCGGCCAUAGAGAAGGUGGCGGAGGCUCGCAUCAGCAUCAGGAGAAUCAAGGCGUUUCUCCUCUUGGAUGAAAUUGGUUUCCAGACUGUCUGCCAGCCGGUCAUUGACAAGGCGGAGUGCAUGGUCGAGAUUCAAGAUCUGGUGUGCUACUGGGACAAGACGCUGGAGGCACCGACGCUUCAGAACCUGUCUUUCACUGUGAAGUCGGAGCAGCUCCUUGCCGUCAUUGGACCAGUAGGAGCUGGAAAGUCCUCUCUACUGAGCACCAUUUUAGGAGAGCUGCCCCAGGAGAGAGGGGUGGUCAAAGUGAAAGGGGAGCUGACUUACGCCUCCCAGCAGCCCUGGAUUUUCCCAGGAACCAUCAGGAGCAACAUCCUAUUCGGCAAGGACCUCAACCCCCAGAGAUAUGAAAGGGUCCUUCGAGCAUGUGCUCUUAAGAGAGACACGGAGCUGCUGCCAAACGGGGACCUGGAGGUGGUGGGAGACAGAGGGUCCAACCUGAGUGGAGGCCAGAGGGCCAGAGUCAACCUUGCCAGAGCCGUCUAUCAGGACUCGGAUAUCUACCUGCUGGACGAUCCACUCAGCGCAGUAGAUGCCGAAGUCGGGAAACACCUUUUUGAACAGUGUAUCUGUGGAGUGCUUAAGAAGAAGCCUCGCAUCCUGGUCACACAUCAGUUGCAGUACCUGAAAGCAGCCGAUCAGAUCCUGGUCCUGAAGGAGGGUCACAUGGUGGCUCGUGGCACGUACUCUGAGCUGCUGAGCUCCGGCGUGGACUUCACAACACUGUUGAAGAGGGAGGAGGAUGAGGAGGCCCAGACUCCGGAGCCCGGCGCCGGCCAUGACACCCUGGGCCUCUCCCCGGCCAGCCGCACCCUCUCCCAGAGCUCCGUGCCCUCGCUCUCCUCCUCCGUGCUCUCAAUCAUGGACGCCACGGACCAAUGCAUGCUUGAGGGUACAGUGGAGGAGGAGAGUCGUUCGGAGGGCACCGUAGCUAUCAGCCUGUAUGUGAAGUACUACAGGGCUGGUGCUAACGUGUGUGUGCUGCUCAUCCUGGUCAUGCUUAAUCUGCUCGCCCAUAUUACAUAUGUCCUUCAAGAUUGGUGGUUGGCAUACUGGGCCUCCAAGCAGGAGCAUCUCAAUGUCAUGCGGCGCAUCCUCAAUGGCCACAAUGUCACCCAGCCCGUCCUCAAUGGCCACAAUGCCACGCGCCACCUGGACCUUGACCUCUACUUGGGUGUUUACGCAGGUUUGACGGGUGCGUCGGUGCUGUUUGGGUUCCUGCGUAGCCUGGUGUUCUUCGGCGUGCUGGUGCGUGCGGCUCAGGCGCUACACGAUCGCAUGUUCUCCAGCAUCCUGCGCACGCCGCUCCUCUUCUUCGAUGCCAACCCCAUCGGAAGAGUCCUCAACCGCUUCUCUAAGGACAUUGGCCAGGUGGACUCUCUCCUGCCGUGGACGUUUGUGGAUUUCAUCCAGGUGUUUCUGCAGAUCCUGGGCGUGAUCAUCGUGGCCACCGUCAUCAUCCCCUGGAUCCUCCUUCCCAUCAUCCCCCUGCUCGCCGUCUUCCUCUACCUACGCCGCUACUUCCUGUCCACCUCGCGAGAAAUCAAGCGGCUGGAGUCCACAACACGUAGUCCAGUCUUCUCCCAUCUGUCGUCUUCUCUGCAAGGCCUAUGGACCAUCCGUGCCUUUAGAGCCCAGCACAGGCUCCAGCAGACCUUCGAUGCCCAUCAGAACGUACACUCUGCUGCCUGGUUUUUAUUCCUGACCACCUCCCGCUGGUUCGCUGUGCGGCUGGAUGCCCUGUGUUCCGCAUUCGUCACCAUCACCGCCUUCGGUUGCCUCUUCCUCAGAGACGAGCUGGAGGCGGGAGGCGUGGGCCUGGCCCUGUCCUACGCCAUCAGCCUGGUCGGGAUGUUCCAGUGGGGCGUGCGGCAGAGCGCCGAGGUCGAAAAUAUGAUGACGUCAGUGGAGCGUGUGGUGGAGUACGCUGAGCUGGAGAGCGAGGCGCCUUGGGAGACGGACAAGAUGCCGCCGCCCGAUUGGCCGCACCGGGGCCUCAUCACCUUCGAGCAGGUCAACUUCUCCUACAGCAAGAACGGGCCCCUGGUGCUCAAGAACAUCACGGCCACCAUCAAGCCCAACGAGAAGGUGGGCAUCGUGGGUCGGACGGGGGCUGGGAAGAGCUCUCUCAUCUCGGCGCUGUUCCGCCUGGCCGAGCCGCAGGGCAGCAUCCUCAUCGACGGCGUCCUGACCUCGGAGAUCGGCCUGCACACCCUGCGCCAGAAGAUGUCUAUAAUACCACAGGACCCGGUUCUCUUCACGGGCACCAUGAGGAAGAAUCUGGACCCUUUCAGCCAGCACACAGACGAGGACCUGUGGAAUGCGCUCCAAGAGGUGCAGCUGAAGGCUGUGGUGGAGGAGAUGCCGGGUCAGAUGGAGACGGUGCUGGCGGAGUCGGGCUCCAACUUCAGCGUGGGCCAGAGGCAGCUGGUGUGUCUGGCCCGCGCCGUCCUCCGGAGGAACCGCAUACUCAUCAUCGACGAGGCCACCGCCAACGUUGACCUCAGGACGGACGAGCUCAUCCAGAGGACCAUUCGGGAGAAGUUUAAGGAAUGCACUGUCCUCACCAUCGCCCAUCGUCUCAACACCAUCAUCGACAGUGAUCGCAUCCUGGUUCUGAGCGCGGGCCGUAUCCAGGAGUACGCGGAGCCCUAUGUGCUGUUGCAGGACCGGGAGGGCAUCUUCUAUAAGAUGGUCCAGCAGGCGGGCAAGGCGGAGGCCACCGCCCUGCACCACACUGCCAAACAGUCUUUCAUGAAGAACAACAGUGCGCGCAUGGUGAAUGGCCUUCUGAAGCCAAGCAGACGUCAGGGUGGCAGUGCUGGAGGUGGAGGAGGCGGAGGUGGAGGCGGAGGGGGUCUGGUGCUGUUUGAGUCUGCACUGUAGAGGCCCAGGAGGCCGGUGGUCCAGGACAGGGCCACUGCACACGUCCGCUGACCCAGGGGACCAAGAGGAUCCGGAGCAAGCCAACGUGUCUCCAGCCAGCUGUGUAGCCUCUUGCACUCACUCCGCGACACGUCUUCACCUAGUGAUUGAGGUAUAGCGCAGUCCUUUGACUUAGACAACCAUGGUGGCACGGCUGUCUUCAGCCCAGCCUAGGCCCCCAUGGCGUACUGCACUGUAGACACGAUAGCGCCAGAUGCGUAUGAAAUGGCAAGGAGUUAUUAAAGAAAGCAUGCAGCAAGCUAAGGUAACGAGCAAGUGCCUGAAAUCCACCGCCUGUGCCACAUGCAUUUGUUUGCUGUUUGUAGGUUCCUCUCAUAGAUAUGAGGUGCAAUCUGUUUCAGGCGUAAUUUUUGCUGUCUCUGUGUUGACCACGAGGCAUCUGAUCACCAGACAGUACAGACUGCAGUAGGGUUGCCAACUGUCCCUUGAAAUACGGAAUCGUCCUGUAUUUAGAAAUAAAAGUAUGCUUCCGUGUUGUGCUGAAAUGGGAUGGAAUUUGGUUAAAAUGCAGGAAAUUGCAUCAAAGAAAUACAUUUAUUUUCGGGGUUAGGACUCCCAGACCGCAUGUGACAAGACAGUUGGCAACCCUAGUACAGACACCUGUUUUAUAUUAUUUCGAAUGAAUGCAAUCAUAUCAGUUCAGGCUACAAUUGAAUCUUAAAGACGGCUGGAUACCAAUGAUGCAUGCUGCAGCACUUCAAAUCCACUUUAAAGUAUGUUUCAUCGUGAAAUGCAUGAGAGGGGACUUCAUUGUCCAGACAGGCAGGCAAAGCUAGAAACAUUGUGCCUUGACCCUCUCACAAAUUGCACAUUCAUUCAUGCUGGCCCUUGGCUCUUACAAUGACCAAAGUAGUCAUUAGCCAUCCGAACUGUAAACAGCUCUUUAUCUGUCUUACUACCUCUGUUUUCAGAGAUGGACUGUGCCACUCAGGGGGUGUUUUGCCAGUCAGGUAGUAGGUGACUACAGUGUGUUCAUCAGCUAUUAAAGGAAGUCUCCUUUUCACAAAAAAGUCACCAUAUCUUUUCAACACAUAUAUCCCACAAAAAUGCAAGUGUCCCGAAAGGUGUAGUUUUUGCUCGUCAUGCUGGCAGCAUCACUCUUAUGAAAGAAAAACUGUGUAAACUGUGAUUAACAAUCCCAAAUGUGACUUGAAUACCAUGAUAGAGCAAAUAAAUCUGAGCUGAAUAGUGCAAUACAA